CGACCCUCGCCCCGCCCCCACACGGCCACGCACCGAAACUGCCCCGCCCCCGCAGCACACUCGUCCUCCCCGCGCCACCUCGGGGACGUCCCGGUCCGCGACAUCCCUGACCACCGCGAUGGCCGCCGCCGCCCUCCGCUCCUCCGCACGCCGGCUCCUGCGUCUCACCCCGGCACCCUCGUCGGCUCUGUUCGCCGCUUCCCGGCCCACCGCCAGGGUUGCACCGCUCUCACGCCCCAUCGCCGCUCUGUCAGGUGGCAACAAUCCUAUCUCAUGGAAACUGAGACGCUUCUUCAGUUCAAAUGAAAAGCACUUGCCUGCAAUAUCUGAUCCAGAGAUCGAAGCUGCAUUUAAGGAUUUGUUGGCUGCUAGUUGGAAUGAACUUCCAGAUUCUCUCGUAGCGGAAGCAAAGAAAGCAGUAUCUAAAGCGACCGAUGAUAAUGCUGGUCAAGAGGCUUUGAAAAAUGUAUUUGGUGCAGCUGAGGCAUGUGAAGAAUUCAGUGGAACCUUGGUUACCCUAAGAAUGGCUCUUGAUGAUCUGUGUGGCCUGACUGGCGAAAAUGUGGGUCCCUUACCUGGUUAUAUUGAAGAUGCUGUUAAAGCUGCAUAUAAUCGCUACAUGACAUAUCUGGAGUCCUUUGGCCCUGAGGAAAAUUAUCUAAGAAAGAAGGUGGAGACUGAGUUGGGCACAAAAAUGAUACACCUCAAAAUGAGAUGCAGUGGCAUAGGUUCCGAGUGGGGAAAGAUCUCCCUGAUUGGCACCUCGGGGAUCUCAGGCUCCUAUGUUGAGCUAAGGGCAUGAUGUGAAGCCUGCAGAUCAGAACCAUGGAAAUUAUCGAUGAGCUGAGGAAGUCUGUAGAUCAGAAUAUGCCGUUCUACAUUUUCCUUUCCCCUUUGUAGCUACCAUGGCAAUAACAAUGAGACCAUCAAACAGCUGUGCAUUUUAAGUAUGGAAAUACUCCCGUCUGUGUCUGUAAUAAGGACGUUUCAUGUGGCUGAAACCUGUCAAUUCUGUUAAUUUUUGC